CGGGUCAGCGCCAUUUUGAAUUGUUUUCUGCAUCUGCUCUGCUUGUGUUCCUGCUGCUGGUGCUUGGCUUUCUUUCUCCUUUCUCAUAUUAAUCAUAUCGCCGCGACGUCGACUCUCAGUCAUAUUCUAUUUUUAUCAGUGCUCCAUCAACGGUUAGUUUUCACGUUCGACUUUUUUGCAGAUUAGAGUUAGACCAACAUGUCCACUCCCGAUAAAGAUGAACUAGUCCAGAGGGCCAAAUUGGCCGAACAAGCCGAAAGGUACGAUGACAUGGCUUCAGCCAUGAAGUCGGUCACAGAAACCGGCGUGGAAUUAAGCAACGAGGAACGAAACUUGCUCUCUGUAGCAUACAAAAAUGUGGUGGGUGCCCGACGAUCCUCGUGGAGGGUUAUUUCUUCAAUUGAACAAAAGACUGAAGGUUCUGAACGCAAACAACAAAUGGCCAAGGAAUACAGAGAGAAGGUGGAAAAAGAACUGAGAGAAAUCUGUGACGAUGUGCUUGGCCUCUUGGACAAAUACCUCAUCCCAAAAGCAUCAAAUGCAGAAUCAAAAGUCUUCUACCUUAAAAUGAAAGGAGAUUACUACCGGUAUUUAGCUGAAGUAGCUACAGGAGACACCAGAAACAAGGUAGUCGAAGACUCACAAAAAGCUUACCAGGAAGCCUUUGACAUUGCCAAGUCGAAAAUGCAGUCUACCCACCCCAUCCGGCUGGGUCUGGCCCUUAAUUUCUCUGUGUUUUACUAUGAAAUUAUCAAUUCACCAGCGCGUGCCUGCCACCUGGCUAAACAGGCUUUUGAUGAUGCCAUCGCAGAGUUGGACACACUUAAUGAAGACUCAUACAAAGACAGCACACUUAUUAUGCAGCUCCUACGAGAUAACCUAACAUUAUGGACCAGCGAUACACAGGGUGAACCAGAUGAGCCUCAGGAAGGCGCAGAUAACUGAAUUGUGGUAUUCCCUGUUUUCAUUCUAUUCGUUAAAAAUGAAAUUUCAUGUAAGUUUACGUCUCCAAGGAACGUAAUUGUGAAGUUUUGUUGACAGUUUAUAAGUUUCACAGUGAUGAAACCUUUGAUAUUUAACAAUGUUUUUAGGAGAUAUGUAAAUCGUUAAAUUAUAUUUCACAUUAUCACACAACCGGCAUAACUUCCACAAAACAUUCAAAAAGCCAUACCAUUUUUAGGGAAAGAUUUACAAUUAUUAUUAUAAUCUUCAGGGAUUAAUCGUUGUAGAAUUUGACAGAAACAUUGAGGUAAUUCUUCAUGGUUAGCCUAUAUCAGCCAUACAGUUACAUAUGUGCCCCUAGUUGUUUUGUAAUAGCUAUUUCACCUUACGGAAAGCACGAGUCUGCUGUUGAGUUUGGUGAAGCAGCCAAGUGGGGAAAAAACAUUUUCCGCACUAGUUUUUCUACAAACUUGCGGAAAUAAGUAUUCCUACAUAAUUUGUAGUAAUUUAUUAUUAUUUUUUUUGAACACUGUGAGGGAAAAUCGAUUUUCGAUUUUCCGCACUGUUUAACAGUGCGGAAAAUGCAUUUUUGCUUUUCAUCACUGGUCGAGGUUUUUAGCCUUACCCAGUGGAAACUGCUUGUACUAGCACAAUCGCAGCUCCAUUUAUUUCGGCAUUCUUGACUUACAACAAUGUUCAUUUGAUUCAAUGUGGUAUCCAAUAAAUUUGGUUAUGACUUCUCACAACAAAACUCUUGUUUCCCCUCUGAGAACUUGUGCUCUGAAUUUGCCCAUGAAAGCGGUAGCAUUUUUGAUAUAAGGGUUAAUAUAGGCUUCUUCGUAUUUGUGAAAAAAACUAUGUCUUGUCAAGUGUCUCCAGGGCCGCCUUCAGCUGUAUGGCAGCUCAGGCUAUCUAUGAAUAAUUCAUUUGACUAUUAAUUUAUUUAUUUAUUUAUUUAUUAAAGGGUAUGGCCCAAUCUUUCAAAGAAAAUCUAUAUGGAUUAGCUUGUAUCAUACACAGAAUAUAUUCUAAUUAGGUAACUGUUUUUUUAGACAACAAAUUACAGUUAGAAUUUGAAUACUCAGCCAGUCUAUGUGACCUUAAUAUUUUGUCAAAUUCUACAAGGGUUAAGAAUCCCCAAACACCAACGUAGGAAUGGAAACUGAAAAUUCAAAGCAUAUAAUAUGGAUAAUCAAGACCAACAAUUUUUCAGCUCUGCUCCUGAAUUUGCAAUGAUUGAGACAAUUGAGGAAAUGAUCUGGAAAUCAAUUAAGCAAAAUUCCUAUAAAAGUUUGAUCAUUGCACAGAAAUAAUUCAGGUUGAAGAUAUUAAGGGGUUCUGUGAGGGCAUGAGAGCGCAUAAGAAAGCCAAACUUGAUUAUGCUUCUUAAAUGUUGUGAAGAACAAUUUGGGUUAUUUGAUCUAAUAGAAAAUUUGCAGGAUUCGAAGCCUUCAAUCAGGCUACUAGCGGUUUCCGCUCCGUCAGGUAUCCAAUAUCCUAAAAGCCUAAUAAUUUAAUACAAAUUACAAAAGAACUAAGGACACAUAACCAUAUAACUGAUAUAGGCUAACCAUCAGGAAUCCACCCAGUUUUUUGUCAAAUUCUAAAACAUUUUUUUGUUGCCAGUUGUGUGAUUGAAUGUCAAUUUCUUCAUCUCUUAGUUUAUAGUUUUUGUUUUUUUGUAUUUAAUUAUUUUAUAUUUAUAUCGUAUGUAUCCCUCCCCAAAAAAAUGUGUAAUAAUUUUGAUUUUUUUCUCCAGCACAUUUUUAAUUUGUAACUUGUUAACUAUUAAAUUUAACAUCUAAACGAUUGUUUUAGUUUUGUUUCUGUUUUUUUUUUUACUUUUCCAUAAUGUAAGUUGAGUCCUACCAUUUCUCCGUUAAUCGACUUCACCCGUCUACCCCUAUUUUUGGACUCCGUGGCCCCUCUGAACCCUCUGUUCCAUUUCUGGUCACUUUGGAUGUGCUAUAUAUAAAUGUAUGAAUAUGUAUUAAACUAAAUGCUACCAGCUCUAUUUGUUUUCUGUUGUAUCUGUCAAGUAUAAUUGUCAGAUAAAAAAAUAAAUUUUUCAAAAUCAUUGGCUUGUUUGUUUUCUGGGGGGUGGCCUUUUUCAGGGGUCUGCACCCCAUUCCUGCCUUUUCCGUCGCCGCACUAAAUGUUGAUAAUUGUUAUACCAUAAAUGUCUUAGUACAGACAGAAUCUCUACCUUUGGCUAAAUUAUGCUCUUUUCCAUUUUAGAUGUAAGUUUUACAUGGGACUACCAAAAAAAUCAUAUUUACACAAAAACUAUAGAACAUAUGUAAUAAUUGUGAAAUUGGUAAUUUAAUAAUGUUGAGCAUUUAUUUUGAAGUUGUUAUCGAUCACCAAAAUUUCAUUGCUCUCAAUUUGCAACCUCUAGAGUACCCUUAAGUUUAAAUAAUGUAGAAAAAUAUUAUUUUGUUAUUUUUUUAUAACACUAUUAUUAUAUUAAAGAAAAUUUUCUUUUAUUCUUGAUUUUUAUUUAUGUUACAAGAUUAACAUUUAAAUCCAUGAGAUCCAAUUAUCAAGAUAUUUCAUUGGCAAGAUAACAAUUUGUCAAUUUAUUUGAACACACACACUACCAAGGUGCAGAUGCAGUGUACAUUUUUGAAACUGCAUUCUGACCUCUAUUUUUAAUAUGCAAAUGUAAUUUCUACCUAAUAUUAGUGAGUCUUCUAGAAUUAUAAAAUUUUUAUGGGGCAAUUUAUACUAAAUAAAUAGUAAUAGCCUAUAUUUUUAAAUGCUUACAUUGAUUGAAACGUAAAGACUUACAUAAAUAGAUAGAAAUGUUGAAAAAAAGUUGUAUAAUGUAUAAAAAGAAUUUUCCAUAAGAUUUCUACAUAAAUAUCAUGAUUAAUAAUUUUUUGUAUGUCAAUAAUUGCCAAAUUUAUGUAGAAACCUUAUCGAAAUUCUUUUUAUACUUAUACAAAUUUCUUUAACAUUUCUAUCUAUUUAUGUAAGUCUUUACGAUUCAAUCAAGGUAAGUAUUUAAAUCUUUUAUAUCUAUAUUUUUAACCUACAAAUUGAGACAUGAUUCUGAUACACAGGGCAAAAGCUGAAAUAUUUCAAUUGGAUAAUUAUUUUGAUUAAAAAAGAUAAAGAAAAUAAACUUCAAAUUAUUUUGCAAAUGUUCAUUUUCCAGAGAUGUUGUUUAAUGAAAAGGUUCAUAAUAGUAUAUUAUAUACCUAGGUAGAGAAGUAGGUCAUACCGAUAUACAUAUACCGAGUGCUUUUGUAACCAGAUGCGCGAAGCUCCGGGUUUUAUAAUGCGCAACAUUCUCUACCAAGGAAUAUAUAGAAUUUUUUUUACUACUAAUAUAGAAAAUAAAAAAAAUGAUUUAGUUAAAUGUCUGAAGUCGUUGUUCAAAUUGUUUUUCUGAAUGGCUUCUCAAUCCAACAGCUUGUGAUGGUUUCCUAUGUAUACAGGGUUUGUUCCUUAUAAUUAGUGCGGCGUCUACAGCUUAAACAAAAUAAAAAAAGUUGAAUACAAAAGUUGUAGGGUUUUAUCUCUAUUAUUUUUUGCAAACGUCAAAAUAGGCAAAUAACAGGUGCCAACUGUCAUAAUGACGAACACUUGCGUUUUUUUAAAUGGAUCACCCUGUAUAUUUUUGGGUAGAAUGAUUGUUUUUUUUUCUUCUGAUUCCAAAUAUACCAUAUAAUAUGUUGAUAUUUGGUUCAACCGUUUUUGCGCUAUUUAAUUUUAAAAUUGCAUUGAGCAAGCGUCAUCAAUGAUAUAAGAAACCGGGAAAAGACCUAAUUUAGGUUAAUGUAAAUGCAUUUUUUAACAAAUAGAAGAAAAAAAAUUAUCAUUCUAGGAGUUUUAUUUAAAAAAAAUGCAAGUGUAAGUCAUUAGGACAGCUGGCACCAGUCAUUUGCCGUUUUGACAUUUGCAAAAGAUAAUAGAGAUAAAACCCCACAAUUUUUGUAUUCAACUUUUUUUAAAUUUUUUAUUUUUUUUUUGUUUAGGCUGUACAAGCUGCACUUAUUAUAAGGACAGGGAACCUUUUUUGCUAAGACAGUAAUUAAAACUAAUAGAAACCUGGUACGUGAUGACGUCAUUUUCAUUAUUGACUUAGGUCAAAGUUUAACUGCGUCAAGAAACGAAAUUAUUUCCGGAGGCAAACUUAAAUCGAUAUUAAAAUAAAUCUUGUGCGGCUUCUGGUGGCGUCAUCUGUCAGCGUUAAAGCUAAAGAGUUUGCUUCCCAUUGCCGUUGGACAUCUAUUCGUAGUAGUAUUGUCUUUGCUUAGGUUUUUUUUUUUUUUUUCAUUAUCAUUAUUCACUUAGGAAAAUAGAUUGCACAAUGACUAGGUAUUUCUUAAGUUAGUAGUAGAAAAAACAUAUUUUUCAAAGAGUUUCCAUUAUCUGCAUUAUCGCGUAUUUAAAUAGUCUGGAAUUUUAUUAGUAGGUAUAGUCUUGCAAGUGGUAACCUGAUAGUGACGAAAAGGGGAAGAAAAGUGGAGCGUACCCUAAGAAUAUUCACUGACGCCUCCUGAACUUAACCCUACGUUUGGAUUCAGUGGCUCCGAAAACACUAAAGAAAUGGAUCAAUAAAAUUUUUAGAACAAAAACUCUCUAGAUUCACCAAUAACCACGCCACUGUGCUGUCGAUCAGGCUCUAACCAUGCCUCUGAAUAAUCACGCCCACUCACUGCUUUCUUUUUUUUUUGGGGUAACUCCCGAUUGUCGACUUAGGGCGGGUAUUAUAAAACUGCUUUGACAGUUAACUUGAAGUUAACUUCUUGAAUUACAUGUAGGUAAUUCCAGAAGUUAACUUUAAGUUAACUCUCAAAGUAUUUUUAUAAUACCCACCCUUAGGGUGGGUAUUAUAAAACUGCUUCGACAGUUAACUCAAAGUUAACUUUUUGAAUUACAUGUAAUUCCAGAAGUUAACUUGAAGUUAACUCUCAUAGUAGUUUUAUAAUACCUGCCCUUAUUGUGGUUAUUACAUAUCAAAUAUGAUGUUUAUGCUUAGAUGACAAUUAUUUAAAUUUACUAGUAUUUUUUUAUAUUAUACUACACAUAACCAUUGAGCAAAAAAAAAUAAAAAUGUAAGCAACUUGUUCAUUAUUGUUUCCUUUGAGUUUGGCAACGCAGCAAAUUAUUUUGCAGUUCGCGGUUUGGCUUACCAGACUAUACUUAUCUAAUACUUUGAAAUAUGUUUGAUGUGCAGCUUCCUGCUCCAUGUACUCCUUACAGCUCUUUCUGCUAAUAAAUUAUUAUUUCUUGUUUUAACAUUUUUCAGUAUCUAAACGCGAAUAAAAACCAUAUUUGAUUAUAAAUUGUUCAAAAAAUAAGCCAGGGUUAAAUACAAAUAAAUGAUUGUCUAUAUAA